GACUGUUCGGCUGCUUUAGAGAUAUCUACAAACGACCCUAAAGCACUUUUUCGUCGUAGUCAGGCGCAGGAAGCCCUAGGAAACAUUGAGCAAGCGUAUGCAGAUGCCAAACUAGUUCAUAAAAUAGACCCCAAAACCCCAGGAAUGGAGGCAAUUUUACUACGACUUCAUUCACAGGUUCAGUCCAAGAUAAACACGAUGUCAACAACCAAAAACAAAGUGGAGACAAUGUCUAACUUAGUGUUUGAUGUGGAGGCUGACACUGAGAAAAGAGAGAAGGCUGCUGAUAAUAUGAUUGUUCUAUCAAAGGAAAAUGCCGGAGCUGAAUGUGUUUACAAUCAGGACGUGGUGCCAAAGAUAGUUAAAAUAAUGAAGGUUGAGAAGAAUCAGAAAAUAAGGUUAUCCCUAGUGCGCGUGCUCGGGUUCCUAGCUAAGAGUAAGAUGGAGCGCGCUAAAGCAAUCUUGAAGGAGGCCGGGUCCCCUUUCUUUCUUAACGCUCUCAACACUAAGGAUGAGGAUUCUAUUACUGCUGUCACCUACGUGAUCCAAGCUAUCUUGGAUUCACUCUCCAGACUGGAUUUAAGUGAGAAAUGGAAGGAUAAAAGGAAGGAGAAGAAGAGAAUGACUGUUGAAGAAAGAAAGAAUAUGAGAGCUGAUGAGGAGGCAAGAGCUGAAAUAAUUAAGGAAAAUAAAUUAGAGUUGACAAGUAUCAUGAACACAAUCUGUUUUAAUACUACAUCAAGGACUAUUACAGGUGAGGCUCGGGACGCUCUGGUGAACCUAAUCAUGAAGAACUGCCAGUAUGAUCAGUUGAACUGGGCGGAGCACAUGCUGGAGACAGACUCCUACCAGAGGUUGAUGGAGGUUGCUAGCGAGCUAAAUACAGAGGAAUACAAGUAUGAAAGUAAUAUGGAGAUAACAGACUCUACAAAGACUAUUACCGGAGUAACGUUUGGAUUAUUGUACGAACAGAUGUAUGAUGAUGGUCGUAGAGCUCGUCUUACAGCAGAGAUAGAUAAAUUUACACAGGAGAUGUUAAUGGACCCUGGUCUGGAAAGUAAGGUCCGUCUAGUCUCUGCUAUCACUACUCUACUACAGAAUGCUCCUGAUCUAGGCAACUCGCAGCUCAAGGAGGGGGUGCUGCAGAUGAUGCUGGUGAUGGCCAGGUCGGAGGAGUACAUCCAGCAGCUUGUGGCCUCGGAGGCCAUCAUAGCCGCCGCCAACAAGAAGAAGGACGCAACAGCUAUAGUAGUUCAGGGCCUAGAUAUACUCAAGACUCUUUACAAAUCUAAGAAUGAUCACAUCAAGGUUCGUGCAUUGGUUGGACUCUGCAAGCUUGGCGCGAGCGGAGGACAUGACGCGAGUUUGCGACCGUUUGCGGACGGAAGCUCAACCAAACUAGCUGAGGCUUGCCGCCGGUUUUUAAUAAAUCCUGGAAAAGACGACGAUCUCCGACGUUGGGCCGCGGAAGGAUUGUCGUUCUUGACGCUGGACGCGGAGGUUAAAGAGAGACUGAUUGAAGACGAGGCUGCAAUCAAGGCUCUGAUAGAGCUGGGUAAGACUGGAAAGCAAAAUGUAGCAUACGGAGUAGUUUCUACAUUGGUUAAUCUUACUAAUAGUUACGAUAAACAGGAGAUCAACCCUGAGAUGCUUGAGCUGGCCAAGUUUGCUAAACAUCAUAUUCCUGAGGAUCAUGAACUUGAUGAUCAAGACUUCGUAGACAAGAGAAUAUAUACUCUGGGACAGUUCGGGAUCACGUCGGCUCUAGUAGCUUUGUCGAAGACUGAGUCUAAGAACAUGAAGGAGUUAAUCUGCAGGGUUCUCUGUGCCGUGUGCAAUCACCAGGAGCUCCGGGGACUAGUUGUUCAGCAGGGUGGGAGUAAGGUUCUGGUGCAGAUGGCUCUGGACGGGACGGAUAAGGGGAUGAGGACAGCUGCUCAGGCUCUCUCCAGGAUUGCUAUUACUCAGGAUCCAGCCAUCGCCUUCCCAGGACAACGGAGUUGUGACGUCAUUCGUCCUAUCUGUCAACUAUUAGAUGUUGAAUGCGAGAGUUUAGAGAAUUUUGAAGCUUUAAUGGCACUCGGAAAUCUGGCCAGUCUAAACGAGUCUGUCAGGAGUCGGAUUCUAAAGGACAGUAACGCUAUCCAGGGAAUUGAGAACUAUAUGUUCGAGGAGCAUCUUCUCAUCAGGAGAGCUGCGGUUCAAUGCUGGACAAAUCUGUGCGUGUCAGAUCUUCAGGUUAAGAGGUGUGAGGGUAAGAAUGACAAGGUUAAGUAUUGUGUUCUAAUGUGCGGAGAUGAUUCAGAUCCUCAGGUUGUCAAGGCAGCAGCCGGGGCACUCGCUAUGCUGACAGAGGCAAGUGCUAAAGUUUGUGAGAAGGUAUUUGAUAGUAAACAAUGGGAAGAUUGCUUGCUCAGUGUACUGGCGAAUGAAGAUUAUGACGUCACACUGCGCGGUGUUGUAAUCAUCAACAAUAUGGUUCAGGUUGGAGGAACGGUUGCCAAUAAUAUUUUCGAAACUCAGAUUAUGGAUGUUCUUCAAGCUCUUGUGCUCAAGGCCAACCUUGAUCUUGGAAAUGCUCAGCCUCAUUCCACCCUGCAGAAGAUCAAAACCAUUUGUGAAAAAUCCUUGAAAAAAGCUCAUGAACUUGGUCUCAUCAGGACUACUGCUGAAGCAGUUAAAGCUGAAGAAGAAGCCCCAGAGGAGACAAUUGAGCCCUGGAUGAAAGCUCCAGCCCCAGGGGGUAAUAAGAGCUAGGUUAUGCUCUGAACCCUGAACCAGUAAUCUAAGAAUUCAGUCUUCCAGGUUCCUGCCUUUCUGCCAUUCUUGGGUGCUUCAUGUUAUUUAUGUAUUUUUAUUUAUAUAUCUAUUUGACUAUUGUUAAAUAUUUGUUAUGCUGUCGUUAGAACUAUGUACAAAACGUUUGAUUAGUUGUACAUUCAGUAUUAGUAUUGUAGUACGUAUGGCAUUUAAAUUUAGAAUAUAGUAGGUCAACUUUAUAAA